CAUAAGAAAAUAUAAUGGUAACUGACGUAAACGAUUUUGUAAAGGGGUAUUUGAGAUAAGAUAAUGUCUAAACUGAGUUUCACCCACAUACACCUGUGAGCGAUAUAUAUAUAUAUAUAUAUAUAUAUAUAUACAAUAUAUAUAUAUGCCUUACGUAACAUUUUGGAGCAUAAUGAAAAUGCAGAUCAUGAUUUACGACAUCGAGCGUUAACUUUCGAUAUUUCAUUCACAAACUGUUCAGAAGUUGAAAAAAUUCUCUCUAUUACUCAGAUUAAACCAGAAAAAACCCCAUACUUAAAAGUUCGACACGCUGCAUGAUUACCGACAACGAGCCGCGGCUAAUAUGUAGGUCAUCGUACUGAGGGGGAAAUCCAAACGGGAAUUCCCCACAUAAAAAGUCCCUUUGUGCGUUUGUCAAGUUCUCGCUUUGUUCACUGAAAAUUUCCAGCUGGAAAGUCCACAGAUCGAAACAAGAAGAGAUAUUGGGAAUUUAGCAAAAGAACUACAAAACGAGCGGGAUCUGAUUUGUAUUCUCAUGUUGGGAUCGUUCAACGUUUGAUCGAAUUCAAAUUUGUACAAUAUCUACACAAACAUGGAUGCCAGUGACCUAGAGGAAGAUUGUGCACCUGGUGUUGCUACAGACCCGCGUAAAUUUGGACCUGCAGGUGCUGAAAAACAUAAGUGUGAGGAGAGAUGCGAUUCUGACCUAGGGUCCUCCAUUUCUAUUUCCAACGACAGUGGGUGCAUCAAAGAUAUCCGAGAACAAAUUUUGAGACAUUCGAUUAGAUCUAAAUUAGAGCCACCAGUAGACGAACUUACUGAAAGAAUUAACCAAGUCACUGUACGAGACGAUGAAGAUGAAGGCAUAUGUGAAUCUGUGAAAGAAGAGGAACUCAAAGAAGAAUCGUCUGAAAAUUUCACGGAUGACGAUUUCUUAGUCUAUGGGAGGGAUGCAGAUGGCGAUACCCUCCUCCAUCUUGCAAUAAUUACAGGAAAUGUUACGCUGGCGAAAGUGUUCAUCGAAGUUGCACCGUGGCCGGAAUGUUUGGACAUUUACAACGACAAACUCAGACAAACACCACUGCAUCUCGCCGUAUUAAUGAAACAAAUUCAAGUUGUCAAACUUUUAUUAGACAAUGGUGCCAAUCCUGAAAUGUUCGAUCACCACGGCGACACCGCGCUGCACGUUGCGUGUCGCUCUGGAAAUGUUACUAUGGUGAAUGAAAUUUUAAAACCCCGAGAAUCGCGAGUCUCGCAGAAUCUGAAUGUAAGGAACUAUGAAGGACAUACUUGUCUGCAUUUAGCAGUGUUGGGUGGUUACAAGAAAAUUGCCGAUAUUUUGUUGAAAUCUGGUGCUGAUGUGAACGUUGGGGAUGGCAAAAGCGGUGCCACGGCGCUUCAUCUGUCCGUGAAAGGCAACAAACUAGACAUUCUCCCAGUACUACUGGAGCAAUCAGACAUCGCGAUAGACAAGAAAACGUACAAUGGUGCCACUCCCCUCAUGCUUGCCGUUGGGCGCCGUAAUGAUAUUAUUGAACUUCUUCUGAGUCAUAAUGCUGACUUUGAUUGUAUAGAGUCCCUUAGUUCCAGUGAAGACGAAGAUUAAAACUAGAAUAUCUGUAUUUAGACAUUAAAACGACGAAAUCUCAGGGCCGUUAUGUGAUAAAUACUGUACCAAGUCAACCGGGUUGUCGAGCAGUGAUUGGCUGAUGUGUAUCCGGGAAUUUUAUUAUCACCUAUUAUGAUGUAUUUAUUCAGGAGUCGUUCAUACCUGCCGUAAUUUAGCGGUGUGGCGUGAUCGACUUCCUAUAAUGUAAUCAACAAAUUCAAGUAGUAUGUAGUUGGAAUAAAUUAAAGCCUUAUAAUUUUG